UCUGUUCUUCCAUCUGCCUCCUCAACUGUGGCUCUUCCUCCAACCGCGUCUUCAUUGGAGAUUCCGAUUCCGAUUCCAAUUCCAAUUCCGGGUCGGGUUUUGUCUCCACAGGCCGGUCCACCUCCAAACUCACCCUCUUGUUACAACACAGCAAGAGUUUUCACCAUUGCUUCAAGCAUCGAGAAAAUCGGAACUCACUUGGUUGGACAGCGUUUUGAAGUUCAAGUUUGAGUGUGCACAAAGUGGAGUGACUCUUUUGCCCUUAUGUUCCUCUGAUUUACGGGAUGCCAUCGUUCUAUAAUCAAGUCAAAUACACGUAGAUUUCGUUCGUGGUGAUUUCAUUUUGCUGCGAGAGUGUCGAAUCUGUCUGCAAGAUUCAGAUCGGUGGAGAGAAAGCGUUUUGUAUCGAAGGGGUAUUAUUUGUUCUGGAGUGUGGGAUUUGAGUGAUUGAUUGGAAGAGGUUCGAGGUUCUAUUAAAAACCAAAGAACCAAGUCUUUACUUCUUUCGGGAAGCAUUGGUCAAAGCCGGGUCCACCUCAAAGCCACGUAAAGGGAGUGCUCAAGUUUGCAAUACUUUUACACCACAAAGAUUGUUAGACGACAAGAAGAAGAAGCAGAAGAGAAUUCAAGCAUCGUUAACAACACCACCGGUUUCGACUCUCAGAUGUUGUGUACUCCCUAAAAGCAUUCAACUUAUCAAAAAGCCAAAGCAUUUUGGUCUCACUUCUCUUGACUCCUUUCAGAAAUUAGUGAUCAAGACAAGGAGCAUCGAGUUCAUGCCAUUCUAUCUUUCUCUUGAAACCUUCUUGAUGAGUCUUUCUUUUCUCUGCAUACGGACUUUUCAGAGAGGAUCCAUUCAUAUAUGUUUGACGAAUCUGUGAAUGUCAAGCAGCUUGAGAGCAUAUUGUGACCCAUUUCAACUUUCACUAUCAGAUACCCUAUCCGCAGCAAAGCGCGGGCACGCUUUCUAGUCAAAAUCCAAUUUCACCAUGGGGAAGAACGACUUCCUCACACCCAAGGCAAUCGCGAACCGAAUCAAAGCCAAGGGGCUGCAGAAGCUCCGGUGGUACUGCCAGAUGUGCCAGAAGCAAUGCCGUGACGAAAACGGCUUCAAGUGCCACUGCAUGAGCGAGAGCCACCAGCGCCAGAUGCUCAUCUUUGGCGAGAACCCCAACCGCGUCGUCGAGGGCUACUCUGAGGAGUUCGAGACCAGUUUCUUGGAGCACAUGAAGCGCAGCCACCGCUUCAGCCGCAUCGCCGCCACCGUCAUUUACAACGAGUACAUCAAUGACCGCCACCACGUGCACAUGAACUCGACGGAGUGGGCCACGCUGACGGAGUUUGUGAAGCAUUUGGGGAGGACCGGCAAGUGUAAGGUGGAGGAGACGCCGAAGGGGUGGUUCAUUACUUAUAUUGAUAGGGAUUCGGAGACUCUGUUUAAGGAGAGGGAGAAGAUGAAGAGAGUGAAGGCCGAUUUGGCGGAGGAGGAGAAGCAGGAGAGGGAGAUUAAGAAGCAGAUUGAGAGGGUUUAUCAGUCAAUGCCGAAUGCGGAUAAUGUAGAGGGUCACGGUGGUGAGGAGGUGAGUAGGGAGUUGAAAGUGGAGAGUGGUGUGAAAAUCGGGUUUGCGCUUGGGGGAUUGAAGAAAGAGAAGGGGGAGAAAGGGGAGAGUUUGAAAUUGGUGUUUGAGGAGGUGGAGGAUGAGAGGAAGAGUAAGAAGUCGAAAACCGGGGGUGGUAAUGGUAGUGGUACUGGUGGUGCAGGGGGUUUGGCAUUGGAGGAGUUGAUGAGGGAAGAGGAGAGGAAGAAAGAGAGGGUUAAUAGGAAGGACUAUUGGGUGUGUGAGGGGAUCAUUGUGAAAGUUAUGAGUAAAGCUUUGGCGGAGAAGGGUUACUAUAAGCAAAAAGGGCUUGUGAAGAAAGUAAUUGACAAGUAUGUUGGGGAGAUUGAAAUGCUUGAAAGCAAACAUGUCUUGAGAGUUGAUCAGCAGGAGCUUGAGACGGUGAUUCCUCAAAUUGGGUGCCUUGUGAAGAUAGUGAAUGGCGCGUACAGAGGAUCGAAUGCGAGGUUGCUGGCAGUGGACACGGAUAAGUUUUGUGCUAAGGUGCAGAUAGAGAAGGGCGUCUAUGAUGUUUCUCGGUGCCUUACGGUCUAAGCAUGGGAGGGAGCAAAGAAGAAUGGGCGGAGGCAUUGUUGGCUCAUCUGCAGGAGAAGUGGGAAAGAUGCAAGAAUGCUUGGAGAUCUUUGCGGCUGGAGGUUAGUGAAUCAAAUCCACAGGCCAUUGUGUUGUAAAUGACCUCUUCACCCAUCACCUCACAUCCUUACGAUUACAGUUGGUAGAGGAAAAUUGAUUCAACUCUUAUAAAAAUGCUAGGAAGGAGUUUGAUGAAGAAUAUUAUCUUACACAAUGAAAUAAUAUAUUAAAUCAAGGACAUUUGAAUACUGGAAUCCUUUGAAGUAGAGUUAAACUAGUAAUGGAAAUUUGUCAUGCAAGAUCCAUUGCUUGCUGUAUUUAUGCUUCAGAAUGAGACUGGACUAACAUGUGGAAUGGAGACUAGCACAGCAUCGUUGCAUAUCUGCUCGAUCUAUUAGAUUUAGCCUAGGCUUUGACACAGUAAUUGAAAUAGUUCUGAUUCUAGUGUAAUUCGACUAGUAGGAACCCUGUGCAUUGAAGCAAAA